CAUUUGUUUUAUUUUUCGCCUCCAAAUAAGUAGGAAAAGUUAUUGUCGGCAAUAAAAUAAACAAUAAAUUGAAAUAAACAAAUUAUUGCAGCGCUAGCAAAUGAAGUGCUGCGGUGUGCGAGUUCAUUAAAUAUAGAUAAUUAUACUGGCAGUACUAAUUUACAACACGUUUCUCGAUUUGCGUUGGCGGUGACUGAGGCAACACAAAAGAUAGAAGUAAUAAUUUUUAUUUAUUUGCAUUAAAGUAAAUGGAAUGUUAUAACGAAUAUAAUAAAGUACGAAAAAGAAAAACUAUGUUCAGAAACUGAAAGCCCAGUGAGUUCAGUGUCCUCUAUGCCCUUUGUGGCUAAUUUGUUUCCGUUUUGGGUAUUCUCUCUUGAUCGGUUGCGUGCUUCAGCUAUUCGGCUUGUGAAUUCUUGUUUUUACCAAUUAUACUAUCCACAUACUCGCGUGUUUUUGUUUUCUGUUUGACGAUCAUUUGCAUAUUUUAUGUAAAGUUUUAUACGUCACGCGUUUGCACGAAAUAAAGUAAAAAAUAAAAGAAAACUCGAUAGUGGCUAUUAGCUUAUAAGUUAUACAGACUAUUCUGGAAGCAGAGCAUAGAAGUAGUCGCUGCUUACAGCGAAUUUUCCUUUCCUCACACUUGACCCUACAGAUUGAAGAUAGCGCGUAAAAUAUGUGGAAGUGUCACAAAUGUGGAAAGCCAGUCUACUUCGCGGAGCGCAAACAAUCGUUAGGCUACGAUUGGCAUCCAGAGUGUUUACGAUGUGAGGAAUGCGGCAAGCGGCUGAAUCCAGGCCAACAUGCCGAGCAUAAAGGAGUGCCUUACUGUCAUGUGCCAUGCUAUGGUGCGCUCUUCGGACCGCAACUGUUCGGACAUGGCACACGUGUGGAAUCACAUAAGAGCUAUGGCGUAAAAGGAGCGCAGCGCUCUUUCAUUGGAAAUGGUGGUCCGGUUUUGCCGAGAGAUCACUUGGAAAGCAAACUAAAGGUUUACAACCAAUUUUACGACAAUAAGAGCAUGGAAAUACGAAGCCGCGAAGUAAAUAAUCGGCUAAUAAUGGAAGGUGCAUUGCGUGUGUCUUGGGGCGUACAUGGUGUGAUACAUCUAAAAGAGGACGACGAUCAGCGUACGUUGGUUGUGCGUAAACGGAACUCAAAGCGUGUCUCCAAAGCAGCGGAUGAUAGCCCGUCGGAUAAGGAAAACGACAUAAGCGAAUCGCUGGAAGCGCCAACAACAGCCAGUGAGGUCGAAAACAUGUCAACAGAUAUAUCGCUGUCAGAGAGCAUGACAUUCGAUUCGAGCAGUUUGAACGAGUAUCCUUUGACAGAUUUACCCACUACGCCAGAAGAAGCUUCUGCCAACACGACUGGCGGUGCUGAUGGUGCUGCUGUGCCUUUAUUAAAUGGCACUAAUGGGCGUGCAAACGAUGAUGAUGAGUCCGUGUCCACAAGCACGCUAUGUGGCACGGAUACGACGAUCACCACAGCAUCCACAAGUUGUAUGUCGGCAACUUUGCCUUCAAAGUUGGAUAAUUUAGAGAAGUUGGAAUGGGACGAGAUCGAUGAUUUGCUGCAGGUGGAGCGUCGUGUUAGCGAGAAGGAUAAAAUUUACGAAACGAUGCCAGUGAAACUGCCAUCGUCACAAACGUCUUCCAGCGAUAGCUCACCCACAAAAACGAUUUCGGCUCAUAAUCUCACCGAAAGCACGAAUACCAACAGCGAAGUGCCAUCACCAACCUCACCAACGUCUUCUUCCACAACAACUACCAACAAUAGUAAUGUCAAUAGUGAGAGUAGCAGCACUUCUUCUGACAAUUUCGUCACUGCAACCUCGGCGACCAUAAAUACCAGCUCCACGACAGCGGAUAAUUUUGAGUCGUCCGAUGAUGCUACGCUCAAACCGAUGGAUUUCGAGGAAUUCAAACGUAGUGUUCACCUAGAUUAUGUCAGUGGUGCCAAUUCGUUUCGUGAGCCGAAUGAGGACUCACUGAAGCGCAACCAACCAAUCGAUCCGUCGCGUAUAAACGAUUCGCUCAAGUUUUACGGCGAAAGCCCAAUGAGCAAGAGCUUCAAUUGUGAGCAUGCCUUGCGUUCCAUCGAUGCGAAUUUAAUUAAUGAUACGCUACAUUUGAAGAGCGGCACUGCCAGUCCACAUUCGAUGCAACGCAUGUAUGCGUUGCAAAAGAGUGGCUCCGCCUCAACUGCAACGGGUGGCAACGCCAAAAAUCUAACCACGUAUCAGCACGGACACAACCACUUCGAGAAGGGCAUAAAUCGCUCCAAGUCCGGUCCAUCGUGUUUUGAUUACUCGGACAGCGACGAUGACGACUCAACGCUGAAGCCACAACAAUCGGCCACAAUGCGGCGUAGUGAUGUGCCCCAACGGUAUGUGAAGAUCGAAAUGGAUUGCUAUCCGAAAGAUAACGACAAGGGUAGUGUUAGUGAGGCGGACUCCAGUCGCGCCGAUGCACCAUCAAUUACCGUUUCAAACAGUGGCAACGCCGCUGGCGAUGAGUUGACGCAGACGGAGGAGAUGUACACGGCGAGCAGGGGUAGCGGUGCGGUGCACAAUGGUGGCGCUGGUGGAGAUGAUGAUGAUGAUGAUGCGGAUCCACCGCUGCACGUAACCGAGGACGGUGUGGUCUUGCGUAGGCCGCCGCGCACAGGUGCCGCCGCCAUCAAGCGCCGCAGUGGCAACAGAAGAUCGCGUACCAAAUUGAAGCGCCGCUGUUCCAUCAACGGUCACUUUUACAAUCGUGAAACAUCGUUCUUCACGCCGCCCUACGGUUCGCAGAUGUCCGUAUGGGUCACAUCGUUGGUCACCACAACGGAAGUUAUCAAUUUACUGUUAGAGAAGUAUAAGGUCGACAGUGCUGUGGAGAAUUUUUCACUCUUCAUUAUACGCGAUAAUGGCGAACAGAAGCGCUUGAAAGAGACUGAUUAUCCGUUAUUGACGCGCGUCAUGAUGGGACCGCAUGAGGAUGUGGCGCGUCUCUACCUGGUCGAUGCCAAGAAAACGGAUGAAAUUAGCAAUGAGGUGGCUCAGUUUAUAAACCUCUCACUGCCGGAAUGCCGUGCAAUUUUGGAGCGCUACGAUGAUGAGUUGGAGCGCGAAGUGGCCAAAGUUAGAGAAAGAUAUGCUGAGUUGCGUCGCCGUAUUAUCAGUCGCAUGGAAUCGCUGAAGGUGCAUCUAUAAAGUUGCUCAAAGUGCUCAAGUUUUGUGUAUUUGCCUCCUUUACCCUCUUACAGUACUUUUAUUUACAUUUUGUUUCAAUUUCUAUUGAAAAUCUUGUCUCAAAUAAUAUUUCACGCUCGUUGCAUACACUCUUAAACUGUGUUGCAACCGCCAAAUAUCAUGAAAAUAAGAGAUUCACAUAACUUUAGUAUUAGAAAAGCACAUAUGCAGCAGAUAACGCAUUUAAAGUUUCACAAUGAGCACAAAAUGUAUGGUUAUUUUCGAAACUGGAGUUUUCGAAAAACUUUAUUCUCUGAAAAAACAGUUUCAAAACAUUCUAACAUUCAAGAAUUCACAAAACGCUGGUUUUCGUUCAAUAAAAAUAUUCGUAUCAUUAUCUCGACAAAUAUCGAAGUAUUCUCGAAGCGUAAAUGUUUUGAAAAACCAAAAAUAUACGAUUCUUUAAUUGCUAGCAUCUAGAUUCUGCAAUGUUGGGAACAUUUAAUACACUCGAAAUGCUAGUUUUCGAGUUGGAAAAUUAAAGUAUUCUUGAAAAAUUAACUUUUUGAAAAACAGAAACAGUUCGUAUCUUUAACUAUGUAUAAACAAAAUCGCGAUCCGCAUAUUCUGAAAUUUUCAAUGUCGAAAAUGUGCGAAAUGCUAGAAUUUUCAAAAACCGAUAAUUGUUUAAUCCCUUAAUUUUCGAAAAAAAAAUCUGAAGUUUGCAAUGACUCCAACAUGUAGGAAAUGUUGGUGUUUCGAAAUAGAAAUUGAAAUUUCUUAGAAAUUUAAAUUUUUGAAAAAACAAAAAUUUUUGAAUUUCUUAAUUUUUGAAACAAAAAAUAUUCGAACAAUAUAUUUCAUAAUUUGCAGUAACUCGAAUAUGCUUGAUAUUUUAAUGUUUCGAAAUUAAUAAAAUAAAGAAUUCUUUGAAAAUUAAAACUUUUCGUAAAAAUCUGAAAAUGCCAAUUUCGUACAUGCUCGCAAUGUUAGUAUUACGAAUUUUAAAAUUAAUUCUGCAAUGAUUCGAACAUAUAGGAAAAGCUAGUGUUGCGAAAUUAAAAAUUAAAGAAUGCUUAAGAUUUCAAAUUUUUGAAAAACAAAAACUAUUGAAACCAUUAUUUUCCAAGAAAAUCUCAAAUUGCGAUUUUCAAAAUUUCCAAUCGUUCCGACGUGCUCACGUGCUCUAGUGUUUGAUAUUGAUAUAUUUUAAAUUCUCAAAAUUUCGAAAAACCAAAAUUUUCGAAUAUCGAACGAAAAUUUCCAAUCGUUCGGACAUGCUCGAAAUGCUAGGGUUUCGAAAUUAAAAAAUAAAGAAUUCUCAAAGCUUCGAAAACAAAAAUGUUCGAAUAUCGAAUGAAAAUUUCGAAUAUUCGAAGUAAAAUCUCCAAUCGUUAAUAAUUUAAAAACCGAAUUCGCCGAACCAUCGCUGAAGUGCUUCAACUCCAUCAUUCUAAAGGAGAAAACGGGUCUAGAAUUCAUCGCGUUUAUUAUGCUCGAAUUAUUUUUUUUAGUGUGCAAACAACUUUUGUUAUAAUUUUAAAUUUCAACUUUUAAUAUAGCGCUAAAUGAAGUGAAGCUCCAGUGAAUAUGCAAUAAUGAUGUCAAUUGAUAAAACAUUUUUAGAGUAAUUGCCGACUAAUCGUGAAAAGCUUUUCGAAAUUCGAAAAAGAAAUUUUCUAUAGUAUAUACUUACAUACAUAUAUCGUAUAAGCGCUUCUUUUCAAGAAACAUAACUCAUCUAAAUUAUAAUAACAACAAAAAAUAGCUGUCUUCGAUUCGCCGAUGCUUGGAGGAUAGCGAAACGAACACAAAACUAGUUUAAAAAAUGAACUGGUAAAAUCGUUAGAAGAUACAUAUAAGAAGAGGUUAUUAUUGACGCUCUUGAGUGAAUUCAACUAGAUAAAAUUGUUGCUAUAUUCAGCAGUGAGGCGAGUAGGGAAGUGUCGAAUCGAAGAUAGUCAAAAUUUACAUCUUAGGCGUACAAGUAUUUCAGCGAAAUUAUAAUUAUUAAUUUAGUCGAAAUUAUAAGUCAUUAGUAAGCCCAAAAGGUUUUAUAUGUAUGCGUAAAUUAUUCCGGUUUUCACCAAAUCUUUUCUAACUACGCUAGCCUCGGCUGCAAUCGUUUGCGUUGUAAGUGCAAGUA